GCCACUGACUCCGGAGACCAGCGGCAACAAUCAGCUGACGCCAUCAACACAUCCUCCAGCCCUCGGCGCCACACACGUCUAGUCCACCUACAAAACACGCCAAGUUCUGGCCUCAUUUCUGACAUAAGCUUCAUAUAAGGCGGAAACAACAGCAGCAGCAACAUUAAGGACCUGUCACAUUACUUAGCGUGACGCGUCGCCCAACACUUCUCGUGUAGUUUUGUCGAGGAGGAAACCUUUACACAAACUGCUCUUGAUUUACCUGAGACUCGUGGCCUCGACGAGGACAGGAAGCCGGCGGCUUGUUGAAAGUUCCCUCCCAAUUGUCCUGAUGGUCUUUAAAUAUCAUAAAGAAGAUGAAGAAGGAAGACCCAACUUACAGAUGCGUCACAUUCCAAUAUGGUUUGGAGUGUGAUUAAGAGCAGUGUGAUGAGUCAGUGGUCGUGGGGCAGCGUAGGAGUGACGACCUUCACUACAGGUCGUGAGCAACACUGAUGCAACAUCAAAGGCAACACCAUAUAGUUGAGUGCCAAUGUGAGGAAGCACACAGGGAGAGAGAUGUUGCAGCUCAUCAUUACGCAGCAAGAAGAACACCUGAUGUGCCAAUAACCAGUGUUGAAAGCUCCUGUGACAAAAAUGGAAUUCAUCAUGUAGUGUCAUCACUGAACGUGAUAAAUAUGGUGGAAUAUUUUUCAUGGAAGUCAAGCUCUUCAGUAUAUCCUAAAAAUUAACUUUGAGAAAUGUAUUUGAUGUAAAUAACCAGGCAACUUACGCGAGAACAAAUGCCUAAAAGUUCAUAGAGGAGAGAGUUUAUAUUCAUAACAAUGUGCCUAGUUCAAUUAAAAAAGUGUAUCGGUCAAAGAAAUAUUUGAGUGUUAUCAGGAUAUAACACACAUAUUCAUAUCUAACAUAUUGUUAUGAUAAACCUCAGCCUACAGUACAUAAUGGAAGAUAAUAGGGAAGAUAACUUAUGGAGGUCGCAGUGUCUAAAAGAUUUCAGACAUAAACCAAGUUUGUUAAGACAGGUGAAAGCUUAUUCAGUAGAGAAACCCUAUCAGUGUUCAAGGUGUCUGAUGUACUUUGCAUUACAAUCUGAUCUUGUACAACACAUGAUGGGUCAUGCCAUAGAAAAACCAUAUCAGUGUUCAGAGUGUCAAAGGCAAUUUAAUCGAAAAUCACAUGUAGUAGCACAUAUGAGAAUUCAUUCAGGAGAGAAACCAUAUCAGUGUGAAGUUUGUUUAAAAGAUUUUUCAUGUAAAUCACUUUUAACAAAACAUAAAGUAGUUCAUUCAGGAAAAAAACCAUUUCAGUGUCUAGUAUGUCUAAAAAAAUUUAGAGUAAAGUCAAAUCUAACUGUACAUAUGACAAUUCAUUCAGGAGAGAAACCUUAUGGGUGUUCAUUAUGUGAGAAAGCUUUUUCAUUAAAAACACAUCUAACAAGUCAUAUGAAAUGUCAUACAGAGGACAAACCAUACCAUUGUCCGGAGUGUCUGACUGAGUUUAAACGAAAAUCAAAUUUAGCAGCACACAUGAAAGCUCAUUCAGGAGAGAAACCACAUCAGUGUCCAGUAUGUGGAAAAGAAUUUUCAUUAAAAUCCCACCUAGUAAGUCAUGUGGCAGUGCAUUCAGGAGACAAACCAUAUCAGUGCUCAGAAUGUUUAAAAUAUUUUUCACGUAAGCCUGAUUUAGUAAAGCAUAUGAUGAUUCAUACUGGUGAGAAACCAUAUAAUUGUAUAGAGUGUGUGAAAACCUUUUCACGAAAAUCUGAUCUAGAUAAACAUAUGAGGGUUCAUACUGGAGAGAAACCCUAUCAGUGCUCAGAGUGUCCAAAAAACUUUGCGCAAAAAAUUCAUCUGGUGCAACAUGUCAGGCUUCAUACAGGGGAGAAACCAUAUCAAUGCAUGGAAUGUGCAAAAUCCUUUUCAUAUAAAUCAACUUUGGUAAAACAUAUGAAAGUUCACCCAAAAGAAACACUAUAUUGAUGAUCAGAAGUGUUGAAAUAUUUAAAACUAAUUUAAUCCAGUAUUUCAAUUCAGUUAAUGCAAAAGGGAAAAUUUAAGAGUUGGUCUAUAAUCGAAUAUCGAUACUCUGUAGCAAUCCAUUUUAGGGUUUAUGACAGAAAGUAAGCAAUGCAUAGCCCUUUGCUGAGAGCAUUUCCUGUACCUCAUUAUCUAUCUACUCAAUGACUUUCAUUAUCUAAUUUCUCACUUUCAUAGAAUGGAGAGGCCUUAAAUUAUAGAAAAAUGGUGAAUAAAACAGUAUGGUGAAAAAAAGGUUGUACAUAUUAAUAAUCUUUUCUGGGGGGAGCCCCGUCGGCUCCCCGGAGCU